GCCACAGCGUUUGGGAUGUGCGGGGGGUAGGACAGCUACCGCCAGCCGUCCCAACCCGGGUCUAUUACAAUCCCCAGGCUCAGAUUCUGCGGGCUCAAGGAUCAUUUUCUUAAACAAACCCCGAUCCCUCCUGCGAGGAAAGGCCGGGGUCUGGAGCGACAAGAGACACGAACUCGGCCUUUCUCUUCAGCAGCCCGAAAACACCCGCUCCCCAACGAGCUACAGGCAACAGUGAUAAAACUGGCUCACAACCAGCUUCUCAAGUGUGUGUCAAGAUGGGCAAGCUGGCUGAAAUGCCAGUCAUGUGUCGAGAAUGAAUUAUGUUAAGGAAAUGAGGCGGAAUGUGAGACCAUCUCCGCUGAAGAACAGGAUUUAUUUCAGGAAAUAGAAUUCCCACCAUCUUCUCCAACAAGCAUCUUUGACCGUGCAGAAUUAAAGUGGAGAAAGGAGGCGGCGAAGGCGUUAAGUGUUGCCAGUCAUAAAUAUGGCGUCCACCGCGUAAGUCACAGGCAGUGCUUCAUGCAGGCACUUCUUUGAUGAGCUGGACUUCCUGGGUCAGUAGUGAUGGAAGAUGCUGGGAAUCCACAUGGCCGCGAGGAUGCACCUUCUCAGAUGAAGAUUGAUCCAAGUGGCUCCAAUCCUAUCUUUCGCAGCAAUGACCCGCCUUUUGAAAACCAGGACCCAGCCGCUGUAUGGGAGCAAUCUUCCAACAAGCUAAAACUGAGUUGGGAUCAUGCUUAUGAAAGGGAGCUGCAGUCCUUUUAUGAUUCUGGUGAUGUUGGUGAAAUUUGGUUUGGUGAAGAAAGCAUGGAUCGUAUUAUAACAUGGUUGGAAUUGCAAAACAUUCCCAAAGAUGCUGCCCUGCUGGAUAUUGGGACGGGAAAUGGGUAUUUUUUGAUUGAACUUGCAAAGUCUGGAUUUACUAACCUGACUGGAAUUGAUAAUUCUCCUCCUGCAGUAGAACUUGCAAAAGCUUUUGCUAAAAAGGAAGAGGUGAUGACUUUGAAAUUACAGGUGGCAGACAUUUUGCACCCAUUUCCUAAUCUUUCUCAGUAUGAAAUUUGCAUCGACAAAGGCACUUUUGAUGCCAUCAGCCUCAGCCCUGACCACCCAGCUGAAAAACUGAGUUUAUAUCGGCAAGCCUUGCAUAGUGUCCUGAAGGAUGGAGGCCUUUUCCUCAUAACAAGCUGUAACUGGACCAAAGAGGAACUCCUCAGCCAUUUCAAUAAAGGAUUUGAGAUGCUGCAGGAACUACCAACACCCAAAUUCCAAUUUGGAGGCAAGACUGGAAAUAGUGUAACAGCACUGGUUUUCAAACGGAAAUGAUGUCAGGAUAACUGCAGAACAUAAGACUCUGAGUGGUCAGCUCCAAACUACUGCUCUUCUCAGACCAGAAUCACUUAAACAAGUUAUAGUGCUCCCAUGAGAUGAGCAUUCCUGUUAUUUAUGUGUUUAAUUUCACGAUUUUGCCAUUUCAUAGGCACUUCAUUGUGAAAAAGAAUAAUUUUCAGUCUGAACUCAAUCACUCAACAAAGCCUGAAGUGAUAACUAAAAGAUUUGUGCAAAGGUAGUCUGAAUGGACGUAUAACUUUUCAAAUGAAGAUUAUUAUUCCUCUCCUUUGCCCCAUUACAAACAGCACACUGCAUUCACAAAGUGCACCAGUGGCCUCUAGUGGCAGCAGACUGGGGGUACAUGAAUCUGCACUGUCACAUUCAUGCUGGCGUACUGAGCAGCAGAAGUAGGACAUUCAGCUACCAAGUCUGCUCAUACUUGGGAAAAUCUUUGGUGCCAAAUCAACAAAUUGCAGUUCAGUCACUUAUUCCAAAAGUGCUCUGAAUUCAUAAUUGCCUUAUUUUGUAUCACGUUCAGAAUCUGUAUUAAAAGACAUCAGAACUUUUUUUGAUGGGUAAAGAUAAAAUACUGUAGGUGCUCAAAAUCUGAAGCAAGCACAGAGAAUGUUGGAGAAACUCAGCAGGUCUGGUAGCCUGUAUGGAGAGAAAACAGAGCUAGUGUUUCAAGUCCAGUAUGACUCUGGACUAAUUCUGUUUCUGAGUCAGCAGAUGCUGCCAGAUCUGCUGAAUUUCUGCAGAGUUCUGUUUGUUGUUUGUUUUGGUGCAUGUUACAUGUAGAAUUAUUGUGGGUGUUUUCAAAUCUUUAAAAAACAUUGGCUAAAUCUUUAAGUUUGACAGCAAAUGUGAUGUGUUAAUAUAUUUGGGGUUUGCAUAUUUAAAUGUUGGCAUUUACAAGUUAAUAUACCUUGGUGUGGAUGGAUUGAGAGUGACAGUCAUAAAUAUGGCAAUUUUCUUAUCGAUAAAGCAAUUCUGAAGAAGAAUCAAAAGAUAACACUGUUCUUCUCUCUCCACAAAUGUUGCCAGAAAUUGCUGAGUUUCUCCAUCAUUGUUUGUUUUCAUUUUGUUUGGAAAAGCUGACUUAAUUUAUAAUGAACACUUGAGAAGCUGGAGGUUCCUGAUAGAAAUAGUAAUAUUUCUGGAAUGGAAAGGUGGGAGAAGAAAGUCACAGCUUUGUGUUGAUUUUAAUAUGAAGUACUUGUAUAAUAAAGUGCAAGUUCUAUAGUGUUAAA